GAAAGUGAGUUCCGCUCGAAGGACGGGCCGGCAGCCACGUGGAGCCGCUGAGCAUUUCCGGUGCCGGUGGAAGCAGCGCAGCAGCUUGUGGAAGGGACCAUGGCCAACUCAGAGCGAACCUUCAUUGCCAUCAAGCCUGAUGGGGUCCAGCGCCGGCUUGUGGGAGAGAUCAUCAAGCGUUUUGAGCAGAAGGGAUUCCGCCUUGUUGGUAUGAAGUUCAUCCAGGCUUCUGAAGACCUCCUCAAGGAACACUACAUUGACUUGAAGGACCGCCCGUUUUUUAGUGGCCUGGUGAAGUACAUGAACUCUGGACCAGUGGUUGCCAUGGUCUGGGAGGGGCUGAAUGUUGUGAAGACAGGCCGAGUGAUGCUCGGAGAGACCAACCCAGCAGACUCCAAACCUGGGACCAUCCGUGGGGAUUUCUGCAUCCAAGUUGGCAGGAACAUCAUCCAUGGCAGCGACUCUGUGGAGAGUGCAGAAAAGGAGAUUGGCCUGUGGUUUAGCCCUGAGGAGCUGAUCAGCUACAAGAGCUGUGCCCAGAACUGGAUCUAUGAAUGAACUGGAAAGGAUUCUGGUUUGCUUCAUCGUUUCUUCUGGUCCCAGACAGGGACGUGGCCGUAGCGAUUCUAGUCAUCUCUGAGAACUUCCCAACAUUCCAGAGGAAAAUUCUGGGAGCCAGGAGUGCUCCUAGUACAGUGUUACGUGCUGCUAUUUAAUUAAAGUCUUUCAUUCUAA